UCCUGCGGCGGCGCUUGUGCGUCCACCGCUGGCCGCCGGCGCCGCCGUCUUCCCCACGAUAUCUUAUCCUAGGUUUGAUAUUAUAUUUGUAGAUAUCCAAGUAGUCUCCAUUUCCGGCUGUAAGUAAGCGCAAAUCUUUUUCGACAGCGACUUCUUUCCCCAACAUUAACAAUACUGAGUUGCCAUAAUCGGGCCCCACCAACAGCCAUUACCCCGGCCAUCGUGCUUGGUGCAGUCUGGUUCUCCGUGGAAGUAAUCAUCCAUAGCUUCUCCUAAUAAUUUACGUAUCUAUUUAGACAUUCAUACAGAUCUCGAGAGGAUGAAUUUUGAUUCAAUCCGAGAUUCGAAAUUCUAGCAUUCAUUAUUGUAUGAGUACUCUCAAGAAGAAGGAACCGCCUAGCCGUAGAGAUUUUGUUUCUUUUGGGAAAUCAAGACGAGAUGAUCAACAACACAAGAAUUUUAUCUACGUCUGGGCGCAGCCUAUAAUAAUAAUAUCCAAACCAUAUCUUCAAAUCUCGGAUAUUAUAUUCAAAUCAUAUCUAAAUCAUAUAAUUAGAUUUUAGGAUAUAAUCAGGCUUUAUAUAUUAAUAUAUAUAUAAUCAUUUUGUUCAGAUAUUGAUUUACAGGCUUUGGAGGAAAGUGGAAAUUUAGUUUCUGUACUUGGAGCAACUUUAGCUGAGAGAGGCAAGGAGUUGAACUAUCCAAUCAUCACUGUAAUUCUAGGCUUAUUGAAGGUUUAGUGGAUUUUCUGAAUUUUGAUAGAAAAGAUUGAUUAAGGUUCUUAAAUUUCAGUGGAUUUGAUGGCAAAGAUUGAUUAGGGUUUGUGAUGCAAUUUGACUUCAUAUUGGGGAAAAUAUUGAUUGUGAAGGUGAAAAAUUUGGGGCAAAAUUAGGGCUUAGAUACCAUGGAUGAUGAGCCUAUAUCUUGGAUUAGACGAACCAGAUUUCCUCAUUCUGUAUGUCAUCAUAUUGACCCUUCAAGAUUGGAUUCUCUGUCUUUGGCUAUUGGUGAAGUUUCGUCAAGUCGGAAAUUCAGACAAGAUUCAGUUCAGGUGAAUCUGAAAACAGAGCAAACUGAUGUUCAAAUUCGAAAAAACAGUUCUACAAACCGACAGAGGGCUGCAUCUCCGCAACCGGAAAUAAAACUUUCCAAUGCCUUCAAAGAAGCUCAGUCUAAUCAGAAGAGAUUCUCGACUCCAAAUUCUAGAAAGAAAUUGAAUAAAGUCAUUUCCGGCGAGCUCUUGAGUAAAGAUUCUAAAGAAAUCAAUGCAGCGUCAAGAAAUGCCAGCACUUUUAAGGAACUCAAUUCGGUAAAGUUUUCUGGUAAGCCUAAGAAUCAAAAGAGUUUGUCGUGGAUGAAGUGUUUUGAUCAUGGUGGAGGAAGAGUGACUUCUGUCGAAGCUCAAGAUGAGCAUAUGUACAUGGUUGAUCUUUCUAAAUUAUAUUUGGGGCCCCGGUUCGCUCAUGGUGCACAUAGUCAGCUUUACCAAGGGGUCUACAUGGAUGAUCCAGUUGCUGUCAAGAUUAUUCGAAUUCCAGAUGAUGACGAAAAUGGUUCCCUUGGUGUUCGAUUGGAGAAACAGUUUACCAGAGAGGUUACUCUCUUGUCCCGACUCCAUCACCAAAAUGUUAUAAAGUUUGUAGGUGCAUGCCGAAAGCCGCCGGUGUUUUGCAUUGUAACGGAAUAUUUGUCGGAGGGGUCUUUACGAACACACUUUCACAAGCACAAACACGAAUCUUUUCCUAUAAAAACGGUGAUUUCGAUGGCUUUGGACAUCGCUCGAGGAAUGGAAUACAUUCACUCGCAAGGAGUUAUUCACAGCGAUCUCAAACCAGAAAAUAUUCUUUUAACCGGAGAAUUCCGCUUGAAAGUGGCUGAUUUCGGCAUAGCUUGUGAGGAGGCAUUUUGUGAUCUUAUGGCAGAUGAUCGGGGCACUUAUCGUUGGAUGGCUCCGGAGAUGAUCAAACGGAAGCAAUAUGGUCGGAAAGUUGACGUCUACGGAUUUGGGCUUAUUUUAUGGGAGUUUGUGGCCGGAACCAUUCCUUACGAAGACAUGUCGCCUGUACAAGCAGCAUUUGCCGUGGUAAAUAAGGACUUGAGGCCAGUUGUCCCGACCGAUUGCCCUCUACCGAUGAAAGCUUUAAUUGAGCAAUGCUGGUCGUUUCAGCCGGACAAAAGACCCGAAUUUUGGCAGAUUGUGGAAGUACUAGAAGAGUUCGAAUCUUCAUUACUUUGCGACGGAAUUCUUACUCUGCCACAAAACAUAACAUGCCAUGAUCAUAAAAAACGGAUGCUUCGAUGGAUUCAAAAACUAGGUUCGAUUUGAAGUUAAGAGUAUUGGGACUUAAAUGUUUUUAUUUAAUCUCUGUUUUUAAAUAUUUAGAAAUGUUUGUGUUUUUAGUUUGGUAAAAUAGCAGAAGGCAGAAAAGUUCAUUAUAGUCUUAGUUUUGAGAUUAUUUUGUUGUUGUUUUUUUUUAAUCUCUGUUUUUAA